UGUGUCGUAUUUAUCACUUUUUAGAUUUGUUUCAGGUCAAAACUUUAAAUAAAUUUAAAAAUGAAUACUGCAGAUAUGAUUUUGUGAUAAUAAACUUCGACGAUGUAUUGUUAAAAUUAAUAGUUUGGCUUUCAUAAUGUAUAAAUGAGGGGAAUAAGGUGGAAACGCACCUUAACUGUUAUUAUUGUAUUAUUGAUGUUUUUUGAACAAUAUUUGUGUAAAUUGGAGCCUUUUGUUGAAGUUGUCACUACUAACGGUACAUUCAACUUUAUUGAUAUAUUAAAUGAAAACAAGAAAUACCAGGCAAUUCAGGACUUUUGCCCUUUGAAAAUAGUGGGUGGUAAAGCUGUCGCCAGCGCUUUGGUGCCCUAUCAGGUGGCGUUAAGAAAACCUCAUUACAUUGGAAUGUAUUGGGAUUCGUUCUGUGGAGGGUCACUCGUCACUUAUAAAUAUGUCCUCACUGCAGCCCACUGUAUUGUCUCCGAUAAAUUAAAAUUAAUAGCGAGUGACAUCCGAGUGGUCGCGGGCACUGAGGUGACAGGGUCAAUGUUCCUCGCCAUGUAUUUCGAGAAUUGGCGCCGAGUUGAGCAUUACUACAUUCAUAUGCACUACCAUACUACAUUCUGGGAAAAUGAUAUUGCACUACUUAACUUGGAAAAGCCAUUUAUUAAAUCAAUAGCAGUGAGACCUAUCCGCCUACACACAUCAGAUUUAAAAGUGAACGUCGACGUUGGUUCCAAAUGUAUGAUCUCUGGUUUCGGCACCAAAGAGAAUAAUGAACCGUCAGCAGAGUUGAGAAUGGUGUGCGUACCAAUUCUGCCGACUACGAAAUGUGAAGAGGUAUACGGUAUGGCGUACCAACGUGCUAUUUACUGGUGCGUUGGCGCUAAAGGCAAGGACAGUUGUCAAGGCGAUUCUGGAGGUCCUCUCGUGUGCUACGGGGUUCAAGUUGGCAUCGUGUCGUGGGGCAGCGACUGUGGCAUGUACCCUGGAGUUUAUACACGGAUUUUACCGUUGACCACACAGCAAUAUGUGCCGUUCAUACAAAAAAAUGCCAUUUGUAUACGUCGAAAUGUUGUAGUUGUUCUUGUUUGUUUUUUAAUAUCAAUGUAUUUUGUUUUUCAAUAAAGAUCACAUACAUUUA